CAUACUUAUGGAAAUAUUUUAUUUAUUAUUAUGAAAAUAUAAAAGUGGCAACAGUAUAUAAAUAAAUCGAUUGUAGUUCUAAACUAUCCGUUUACUUCACUAAAGUAAUUGUUUCAAAUAGUGAAUAAAUAAUAUGUAAAAAAUCUAAAAUGGUUCCAGUAGUAAACAAGAGAGAUUUACUAAAACAAAGCAAACAUGUACGUUCGUAGAGUAAUUACUUUAUUUACGAUACAAGUAAUAUUUUUAACUGUAGCUCAACCCCCGACGAAAUUACCAUUAUGGAGUUGGGACUGUAUCGAUGAUAAAUGCGUUCCAAGCAAGGCAACCAUGAAUGGAAAACUGCAGUCAUUAAUGACCUGUAACAUGCUAUGUUCGUCCAUGCAGCUCUGGCCGCAGCCAACUGGUGCUGUAAGUUUAGCAACCACAGCUGUACCAGUCAGAGCUGACCUCUUCAAACUUAAAAUUAUGUCGUUCACAUCAAAACCCGUAAGAGAUUAUUUACGAAAGGCUUUUACACUUUUCCGUAGAGAGUUACGUACAAAUGAAAGGAACAUUCGCGCAUUUGAAGAUUGGCGAUCAGUUAUUGUCCGUAUCGUCAUUAACGAAAAUGGAAGUACUGAUCCUCGCAUGCUUAUCAAUACUGACGAGAGCUAUCAGUUGAGGCUUUACCCAAAAUUAGGUUCAGCUGAGAUUUUUCUUGUUGAUAUAUUUUCUCACUCAUUUUGCGGAGCUCGACAUGCCAUGGAAACAUUAUCUCAGUUAAUAUGGCUCGAUCCCUACGCAGGUUCUUUGUUAAUGAUUGAAGCAGCAACCGUUGACGAUGCUCCACGAUUUCGCUAUCGAGGUCUUUUAUUGGAUACUGCCCGUAACUACUUUCCUGUCAAUGACAUAAUUAAGACAAUCGAUGCUAUGGCCGCUUCGAAGCUCAAUACAUUUCAUUGGCAUGCAACAGAUUCUCAAGCGUUUUCGUUACUAUUCGAUAGUGUGCCUCAACUGGCUAAGUAUGGUGCUUAUGGUCACAGUACAAUAUAUUCUUCUGCAGAUGUGAGAGCUGUUGUAAACCGCGCAAGAUUACGCGGUAUUCGUGUGCUUAUAGAAGUAGAUUUACCUGCGCAUGUUGGUAGUGCUUGGGAUUGGGGCCAACAAAUGGACGUUAAAGAGUUAGCUUAUUGCAUUGCGUCCGAACCCUGGGUUGCCUAUUGUCAGGAACCUCCUUGUGGACAGAUAAAUCCACGCAAUGAUCAUGUAUACGAUCUCAUAGAACGAAUUUAUACUGAAAUUAUUAAUCUUACAGGUGUUGAUGAUAUGUUUCAUAUCGGAGGUGAUGACAUUUCUGAACGAUGUUGGCUCGACAAUUUUGAUGAUACGGAUCCUGUGGUCUUAUGGUCUCAUUUCACUCAAAACAUAUUAAAACGCCUAGAGGCCGUUAAUGGACAAUUACCAAAUUUAACAAUAUUGUGGUCGUCACAAUUUUCAGAACGUAUGAAAACAGAUCUAAAAUCUUUCGUUCAUAAGCUAGGUCUCCAGGUGCGCAGCGUCGCUUGGUCGCCAAGAUACGUUUCUGGAAUUCGGACUAUCGUUUCUCAUGAGGAUGUGUGGGACUUGAACAAUGGUUACGGUACCUGGCAUGGAGAUACCGAAGGCCCACCCUAUAACUCGUGGCAGAGAAUAUAUGAACAUCGGCCCUGGGCUCGAAAGCCUAUUAGUUGUAUGGAAGGAGGUGAAGCAACAGUUUGGUCUUCGACAUUAAGCACAGGUUGUUUGGAUGCACAAAUAUGGCCUAGAGCUGCUGCAUUAGCAGAAAGAUUAUGGUCAGACCGCGCUGAAGCUGCCACAAGGUUAGUUCAUGCUAGGCUUGAUGUUCAUCGUUCACGUUUGGUCGAACGAGGUAUACGUGCAGCUCCCAUGUGGUCUAUGUGGUGUACUCAUAACACAAAUACAUGUUGAAAAUUUGUUUUUAUUUUUUUGAAAGAGACAACCCUAAAUAGAGGAAACGGCAAUGACGUAUGAAAGAAAUCUUGCGUUCAAGACGUAUUUCCUGUAUUGCGUAACGUUCAAAAUAAUCAAUCGUUACGAUUGUAAUUAAAUUUUUAGAAGAUAUGAAACACUUAAACAUUUUUUUUAUUAUAUUUUAUGUACAUACAUUUUGUUUUAAACUUUUAUCAUAAUUUUUAAACGAUAGUCAAAAUUAUAACUAGUGAUAAUGUUAACUAUUCGAUUGUUUUUAACAUUUAAAGU